UGUUGGGCGUUCCCGUCAGUUGUGGCGGUGGGUGGAGGCACCGUGGUGGCCCAUACAAGAAUCUCCGGUUGGAGACUCACUGGUCAGAGAGAUCUCUGCUCAAACGACAACGUUUUCGCCACCAGAGGAUACCCAGCAGUGUGACUAUGGACAAGAGCAGACUGUCCGAGAGGCUGGCUGAAGCGGUCCAGUCUCACAUCCUGCAGUUCUGGGACGAGCUGAGCCCAGAGGAGCAGGCCAGCCUGGCUCAGGACCUGCAGGGGAUGGACCUGCUGGAGGUCAACAGCUUCUUCCAGGCCGCCAUGCAGCUGUCGGGCAGCGCCAAGCAGGAGAAGGUGGACAACCAUAUGGAGCCGGUCCCGCGGGAGGUGCUGGGCAGCGUUACUAGGGACAGGGACAGUCUCCAGGCCUGGGAGGAACAAGGGCUGCGCUGCGUGUCCCAGAGCCAGGUGGCUGUGCUGCUGCUAGCGGGAGGGCAGGGGACCAGGCUGGGGGUCUCCUACCCCAAGGGGAUGUACAACGUGGGGCUUCCCUCUCACAAGACCCUCUUCCAGGUCCAGGCCGAACGUGUCCUUAAGCUACAGCAGCUUGCUGAUCGCAAACACAACACCAAGUGCUCCAUACCCUGGUACAUCAUGACCAGCGGCAGGACCAUGCAGUCCACCAAGGACUUCUUCAUCAAGCACGGCUACUUCGGUCUGAGCCCGGACAACGUCAUCUUCUUCCAGCAGGGGAUGCUGCCCGCCAUGGACUACAACGGCAAGAUCAUCAUGGAGAGCAAGGCCAAGCUCGCCAUGGCUCCAGAUGGGAAUGGGGGGCUCUACCGAGCGCUGGGUUCCCAGGGCAUCGUGGAGAACAUGAGCAGCAGAGGGGUGAAGUACGUCCAUGUGUACUGUGUGGACAACAUCCUGGUGAAGGUGGCCGACCCAGCUUUCAUCGGCUUCUGUGUGACGAAAGGAGGAGACUGUGGGAACAAGGUGGUGGAGAAGACCAAUCCGACGGAGGCAGUGGGCGUGGUCUGCAAGGUGGAUGAGCGCUACCAGGUGGUGGAGUACAGCGAGAUCACCCUGGCAACCGCUGAGAAGCGUAACGCCGACGGCCGUCUGAUGUUUAACGCCGCAAACGUGGCCAAUCACUUCUUCACCCUGGACUUCCUCAGAGACGUCGUGCAGAUCUAUGAACCCCAGCUCCAACACCAUGUGGCUCAGAAGAAGAUCCCGUAUGUGGACACACAGGGCCAGCUCAUCACACCAGACAAACCCAACGGAAUCAAAAUGGAAAAGUUUGUCUUUGACAUCUUCCAGUUUGCCAAGAAGUUUGUGGUGUUUGAGGUUCUGCGCGAGGACGAGUUCUCUCCUCUGAAGAACGCGGACAGCCAGGACGGUAAGGACACGCCCAGCACAGCCAGACACGCCCUGCUGUCACUGCACCACCGCUGGGUCCUCAACGCCGGGGGACACUUCAUCGACGAGAAUGGGACACGCGUGCCUGCCAUACCCAGUCACGUCGCAGCAGAAAGCAGCUCGGCUGAUGUCAACAUGAACCUGAAAGACGGAACAGACCUGCCGAUCAAGUGUGAGAUCUCCCCGCUUGUGUCGUACGGAGGAGAGGGCCUGGAGGAGCUGGUGGCGGGAAAGGAGUUCCGUCCAACUCUGGUGAUCGACAAUGACGGAGUCCACCAGCUGGUGAAGAACGGAGUGUGACGGAGAGAGAGGGGAAAAGGGGAGAGAGGGGGAGGG